AUGUCGCUGGGUAUGGAGGAGGAGGAGUACGCCCGGCUGGUGAUGGAGUCGGAACCCGAGUGGCUGAGGAAUGAGAUCAAGAGGCUUUUCCAAGAGCUGGGUGAGACCACACGAGAGAAGAUUCAAGCGGCGGAAUAUGGGUUGGCUGUGCUGGAGGAGAAGCAGCAGCUGAAGCAGCAAUACGAGGAGCUGGAGCUGGAGUAUGAGACCAUCCGUGCCGAGAUGGAGCAGCUGAAGGAGGCUUUUGGGCAGGCCCAUACCAAUCACAAGAAGGUAGCAGCAGAUGGAGAGAGCAGGGAGGAGACCUUGAUUCAGGAAUCAGCUACCAAGGAAGAGUACUACAUGAAGAAGGUUAUGGAGCUGCAGACAGAACUGAAGCAGCUCAGAAAUGUCCUUGCCAAUACCCAGUCUGAAAAUGAACGCCUUAAUUCUGUUGCACAGGAACUGAAAGAGGCCAAUCAAAAUGUGGAGAUCCAGAGGGCCCGCCUGCGAGAUGAUAUUAAGGAAUAUAAAUUCCGAGAAGCCCGUUUGCUGCAAGACUACACUGAGCUUGAAGAAGAAAACAUCUGUCUCCAGAAACAAGUGUCUGUCCUGAAGCAAAAUCAGGUGGAGUUUGAAGGUCUGAAACAUGAAAUCAAAAGACUGGAGGAGGAAACAGAAUUUCUCAACAGCCAGCUGGAAGAUGCCAUCCGGCUGAAGGAGAUCUCUGAACGUCAGCUCGAAGAGGCCUUGGAGACACUGAAGACUGAGAGAGAACAGAAGAACAACCUUCGUAAGGAGCUGUCUCACUAUAUGAACAUUAACGACUCCAUGUACAACAGUCACCUGAACAUCUCUUUGGAUGGUCUGAAGUUCAGCGAUGAAGCCACGGAGCCCAAUAAUGAUGAAAUCAUGAAUGGAUUUGAACAAAAUUGCCUCAGCAAACACAGCAGUGGCAAGAACAGCACAUCCACCCCCAAGAAAAAUGAAGGCUUCCCCCCAGCCCCAAGUCUGGUUUCAGAUCUUCUCAGUGAAUUAAACAUCUCUGAAAUCCAGAAGCUGAAACAACAGCUUGUGCAGAUGGAAAGGGAAAAGGUGAAUUUGUUAACGACGCUACAGGAAUCUCAGAAACAGCUGGAAAACACACGGGGGGCCCUAUCAGAGCAACAUGAGAAAGUUGGCAGGCUAACUGAGAAUCUGAACGCAAUGAAGAAGCUCCAAGUCAACAAGGAGCGUCAGUCUGCCCUGGACAAUGAGAAGGACCGAGACAGCCAUGAAGAUGGAGAUUAUUAUGAAGUUGACAUCAAUGGACCGGAGAUCCUGGAGUGCAAAUACAAAGUGGCUGUGGCAGAGAUUACUGACCUAAAAGAAGAACUUAAAAAUCUUAAGGCCAAAUACAAAGAAUGUGAGUCAAAGUAUGAGGAAGACAAGAGCAGAUUUGAGACGGAGAGCCAAGCUCUCACAGAGAAGAUUGCCUCGUUAGAAAAAUCCAGUAGGAAUGAUAGAGAGCAAGUGGCCAGACUGGAAAAGGAGCUGAAGAAAGUCAGUGAUGUUGCUGGAGAAACACAGGGCAGUCUCAGUGUGGCCCAAGAUGAACUAGUCACCUUCAGUGAGGAGCUGGCCAAUUUGUACCACCACGUCUGUAUGUGCAACAAUGAAACUCCAAACAGAGUGAUGCUGGAUUACUACAAGGAAGGCAAAGGAGGACGCAGUAGUCCAGAGGCCAAGGGAAGGAGGUCUCCUAUUCUUCUCUCUAAAGGGCUGUUAACCAUUGAUCUAGGAAAGGCAGAGAAUGGAAGCGGUGACAGCAGCCCAUCUCCAGUGUCAUCUCUGCCAUCUCCUGUGUCAGAUCCUCGGAAGGAACCGAUGAACAUUUACAACUUGAUAGCUAUAAUCCGUGAUCAGAUCAAGCACCUGCAAGCUGCUGUGGACAGAACAACAGAGUUGUCCAGGCAGCGUGUUGCCACUCAAGAACUUGGGCCAGUGGUGGACAAAGACAAGGAAGCACUCAUGGAAGAGAUCCUGAAGUUGAAGUCCUUAUUGAGCACCAAGAGAGAGCAGAUAGCGACUCUGAGAACUGUGCUCAAGGCCAACAAACAGACUGCAGAGGUAGCCCUUGCCAACUUAAAAAGCAAGUAUGAAAAUGAGAAAGCUAUGGUUACGGAGACGAUGAUGAAGCUGCGGAAUGAGCUGAAGGCUUUGAAAGAAGACGCUGCUACCUUUUCUUCCCUGAGAGCGAUGUUUGCUACAAGAUGUGACGAAUAUGUCACACAGCUGGAUGAAAUGCAGCGGCAGCUCGCAGCAGCUGAAGAUGAGAAGAAGACUCUAAACUCGUUGCUUCGGAUGGCAAUCCAGCAGAAACUGGCACUGACACAGCGCCUGGAGCACUUGGAGCUGGACCAUGAGCAGUCCAAAAGGGUGCGCACAAAAUCUGCUUCCAAAGCCAAGAGCAGUAACCCUACUGUAAGUCAUAUUCGCUCUUGUGGAGACAGGCCCGAAGGACCUGUCCUUAAUAACCAGGUGUUUUGUAGCGAAAAAUAUAAAAUCUAUUGUGACUAGGAGAGGUGUGUAGAAAAACCAUAUUAUGCAUCUUAUUUUAUGCUGUAAUUGUCAGCGUAAAUCCCCACUAUCUAAUGUCGCGGUGAGUUGACUUGUACUAGUAAGUUGUUAAACCAGGUAAUACAAGUUGUAUUAUGGUGGUCUUAACUGUAACUAAUUCAUAAGUACGGGGAUGGUAUUAACGAGUUAAUGGUGGAAAGGAAGUAGCUUUUUCCACAAUUAACGUGUGUGGGUUUUGCUGUUUAUGGUAAGUGUUAAGAGUACACCUGAUAUAUUCUAUCUGGUGUUACUAACCGUAGUUUGUAUAGCACAAAUGUGAUCCUUUCUCCAGGGUUGCAGCAUACUUUAAUAAAUGCUUUCACAGACAGAAACGAACAGAAAACCUCCCCUGCUGCUGUGGCUAGAAGUGGUGAAAAGCAAGUGUUAGAUGAGAGUUGUGUCUUGAAAACAGAGACCAUUUUGAAACUGGAACCAAAAUUAAAUAAUUUGCCUGUUAUGGCAGAUAUGAAGAACUUGCAGUUAUAUCACCAUUUACCAAUGUCCUAAAGCUAUAAUAGGCCAUAAAAGCUAGGAACAACACGGUAGGAUACGUUAUUUACGCUCUGCUUCCCUCCAUUCAGAGGGUUAACCAGGAGAAACUUGCACAUUUAUAUUAAAAAUAUGCAAUAUUUAUCCCCAUCUGGUAUAAAAAGGUAAAAGUUUGAGAAUUGGGAUCCUACCCAGUAGGCAGUUCCACUUGAAGUUAUGCUCUGCAAAAGCACCGCGUACUGAAAGGACCUCCAUGGGGUCCUGCCGCUCCUUGCAGCGUAACGCUUGGGGAGGAAUCUGUUUGAGGUAUUACUGUAGCCACACGACGUAUCUGUGUAGAGUUAAUGUGACUAUGGUCUAGUAUUGUUCUUCUCAGCUUUCAGUAUUAAUCCGAACAGGAUGAUGUUUCCGAGCUCUGAUCAUUUUUUAAAUACACAAACGAUGUUGCAUUCCUUAUGCAAGGACAUGUUCCACAGGGCUCUACAUUACAGGCACAGGGAAUUGAAGCAGAUCACCCACUAAUACAUAUUGAUGGAGUAGCUUAGUAUACCUGUUAAUCUUUAAAAACAAACAAACCUUUGUCUGUUGCUGAACUUCUAAGAGGCCUUUUUAGCCACUUAACUUAAAAAUGGUUGAAAAUACAAAAGUGUACUUCAUAAUUGGUGCCUAUAUGGAAGAUCAAGAUGGAAAAUCUGUGGAGCACAAUAAGGCACUCUUCUUUUUUUUCCCUUCAAACCAGUUUUCAAGUGCCUAGCCUCAAACUUCACUUUAAUGUAAAGCCCUGUUCAGUUUGUACUCUUUCAAAUAGUUUUGUAUGCCUAUAGCAGUACUUACAAGCAAGGCGAGACCGCACAGCUGUCUGCUCGGUAGUCCUGUUUUAUAAAGCCAUUCUGAUACUCCCACUGUGGUGCCGCCUCAUCUCACUGCCAUUUCUUGUAGAUAAUCAGCAGCUUGCUUCCUCUGCAUUGCCGCUCUGCCUAUAAGUAGUCAGGAGAUAUCACAGUACUCUAUAAGGUAAUAAGGAGCACAGCUUGUCUUCCCGGCGAGGGGAAACCUCUUGGGAUUUUGGCUUCCUGGAUAUUAGAAAGAACAAAAUAAUAAUAAAUUAAAAAAAAAAAAAAAAAAGUCCAAUUCAAUGAGAUUUGAAACCAAUGGAAUUGUGGAAAACUUGCUGUGAGGCUGAGGAACAUGAGGAUGCCACAGGCAAAGCCAGAAUUGCAUUUCCCAGUAUUGAGAGCUGGGGAAAGACCCAGGUUUGUUAGUAAUAACAUGUUGCUCAAAUAGCACUGCCUGACAAGUUGACACAAAUAGCAAUUCUGACCUUAGAAAAUAGGCCCUGUGCAUCUGCUAUUACUUUGUUUAGAAAACACUGAGUUCUCCUGAAUCUGAGCUUUAAUAGUGCUAAGCAUCAGGUUUGAUAUUUUAGAAGCAAGGCAUCUUUUAACAAUUCUCAAUCCUGCUUUUCUCUUCUUUGCUGCACAAUCUUCCAAAAGGCCUUUACUCUUCUCAUUCCUGCAUUAAGUGUAAUGUAAAAAUACUUGGUGAAGCAGGCAUGGUGUGCUAACCUUCUCUGCUCCAAUAGAAACAGUUAGAAGUUUGCUUCCGCUAUGGUAGGGAGCUGUAAUACAUUUUUCACUGCAUCGUGCAUCUCUGAUUGCAGUAUUUUCACAAAAUACUGAUGGCAGAAAAGUAAAUUUGAGAAACUAAUUGAAUUAAUUACUAGGUUUGAUCCAAAUCAACUCCAGCUUUAUAGAAAGAUCUCAGUGUGAUCGGAUGGUGACUAUUACUAUUGGUCUUAGCUCACACUUUGCAGUUCCAAGCAUGAACAACUUUGCUAUCAGCAGAAUAGUCCUAGUAAUCAUUUCUACCUUCUUUCAUUUCUGUGGAUCUAUAAGGGAAAGGACAAACCUCACUGCUAUUUGGGCUUGUUGAAGUCAUGGUUAAACAACUUCUAGCAUCUAUUAUAAUUUAAAAUAAGAAAAGAGCCGUGGUGGUAAAGGUGACUUGAUCCUGCUGUUUGUAUUUUUAGAUAAUGCUUAUAUUUAAGAUUGAGGCUUGUAAUUCCUGAUUAACCAUUUCUUAAGAUGUAUGUUUGCUGUAAGUUUUUCACAUCACUUCCAGUGGGUUGGGCUAAAGCAUGAAAACUUCCUUAAGCCGCCACCUACCUCUGCAAGCAGGCUCAUCUGAAUGAUGCUGUCUGCAUUGGCCUGCAUGACACACUGACCCGCAUGUUUCUGAAAGCCUAAAGCUUCACUGAAAGUGUUUCUUGCACAUUUAUUGCUGUUAACUUGUGCUUGAACAGCAAAGCUUUAUUCAGUACUUGUAAGAAACUUUCUUUCUGCAAAGCUGUUGCUUCCAGGCUGAACUCGUAAAGCUUGGAAAGCAUCUUUGAGCUAAAUUCGCUGCUUCAACCCCAGCAAGCUAACAGACUCCCCCAACAACUAACCUGCUAUGGAGCUUUGUGCAGCACGUCGUGUUAAGUUGUCAGUUCUUGGAGAAAUAAACACUGAUUUUUUUUCCUAAUGCUAUUUUAUGUUUGUUUUUCCCAUUUUUCAGCUGUAGAAUAGUCCAUGGAGAAGGCCUUUCCAACAGUGCAACAGCAUUUCUUAGCCUCUUUCAUUACGGUUAAAAGUGGUGGUAGCCCAUUGCACAAAGAAUGCAAACCACUGCCCCCAUCCUAACUUUUGAGAACACCUUUCCCUGUGUACUACCUGAAACUUCCCUUUUAUGUCUCAAGCUAUAAAA